AUUCUUCAACAUCAGUAUACCUUCUUUCAUCUGUGUUUACAGCAUCAACAAGUCUCUUUUGUUUUCAUUUCAUUUUGGUUUAGAGUAUAUAUUAUCAUUAUCCAAAGUUUGUGAGUGAAGAGUUGAUAAUUAAACUGGAAAAUGUUAGCAAUAUUCAACAAGGAUUUGGUUCAUCCACCGAAGGAGCUGAACAGCCCUGUCAUGAGUUCUUCUUCAAAGAAGCCUAAACUUCCUCGUGACAUUCUCAAUGAUUUCUUGUCUUGUUAUCCCAACAAUGUCUUCUCCAUUGGCUUUGGAAAUUCAGCAUCUCUUUCUUAUGUUCCACCAGAAAAGUCCUACUCAAUACAUCAGAGGCUGUUCUGUGGUGUGGAUGAGAUAUACUGCAUUUUUCUUGGAAGCCUAAACAACUUAUGCAGUCUGAUAAGGCAAUAUGGGCUAUCAAAGGCCACAAAUGAGGCAAUUUUAGUGAUCGAGGCCUAUAGGACCCUACGUGACAGGUGUCCCUACCCGGCCCACCAGGUCCUUAAGGAUCUUGAAGGAAGCUUUGCAUUUGUUGUCUAUGAUAGCAAGGCUGGAUCUGUGUUUUCUGCACUGAGUGCUGAUGAAGGAGUGAGCCUAUACUGGGGCAUAGCAGCAGAUGGGUCAGUGGUGAUUUCUCAAGACUUGGAGGCCAUAAAAGCAAGCUGUGCUAAAUCAUUUGCUCCAUUUCCUAAUGGGUGUAUGUUUCACAGUGAACAUGGGUUGAUGAGCUUUGAGCAUCCAACAAAGAAGAUGAAGGCAAUGCCUAGAAUUGAUAGUGAGGGAAUGAUGUGUGGGGCCAACUUCAAGGUUGAUGCCCAAUCAAGGAUCCAAAGCAUGCCACGUGUUGGGAGUGAAGCCAACUGGGCAGCAUGGGGUUCACAAGUCUAAUUAGCAAAGGGCCAUAAAAUAACAUGACUGAUCAUUUUAUUAUGCUCGUUUUCUUUGCUUCAUCUAUUUCACUUUUUUUUGGCUUCAAGGGUUCCGGCUAUUGGCUAACAUAGAGAAAAAGCUUGGACCCUUUAUAUGUUUUUAAUUUUUUUGUGUAUACGUUUCAUUAUCAAAUAAAUGGAUGGAUGUCUUUGUGAAAGCAAA